GAUGUGGUACAGCAAGGUUGCGCACUGGUGUUACCCGUGACUCAGGGAUGAGUUUAGGUUGUUGCAUCAUUUCCUUAAGGCGUAAAAGCGUCAUUCACAGACGGGCGGAGACUGGCCAGAACACCACGUUAGUGGCAAAGUCAAAAAAGCAGCGAUCAGGAGAGAGCAGGCAGUUAACACGAGAGUUCUUCAAACGAGCUGCCGGAGAAUUCAGAUGUUGUGACCUCUUAAAAAGGAAAUACUAAGUGAAGAGUAGGAAACCAAUUAACAGCACACACAUCAACUUUUGUGAAAACAAAGAAAGAUCAAGAAAGGACAUUCAACUACGUGAACAGAAUUUUGCCUACACUGCUUUUUCCUUUUUUCUGUUUUUAUUUAAGCCAGCAAUAUGUGUACAUUUUAACAGCACGGGUUAACUUAUGCUACUUCCUCUUCGGUAUUACUGCUGCUUCACUGCCUGCUUAUCUGCCUUAAUUUGACACCUAACAACACAGCAGUCCUAACUUCAUCAAGAAGAAUAAAAAGACAAAAGAAUAAGAUAUAGCUGGAACAUUUUCACAUCAGCACUACUACUUCCUUGUUUUUUUAUUAACUUUAGAAGACAUGAAUUUCAAACUGAAUUUUCUUAAAAACAUUUUUUUACUCCCUCUUUACUUGUUGAUAUGGCUAUAUACAAUCUUUACUUUUAUUCCAUGGUAUUUUCUUACUGAUGCUCAAAUGAAAAGGACAAUGGCAAAACGGAUAAAGGCAAAGUCAACAUCAGGGAAGCCAUCAGGCCCUUACCGAUCUGUGGACCGAUUUGAUUCUCUGUCUACAAUGGACUUUCCUGGAGUUGAUACCUUGGACAAGUUAUUCGAUCAUUCAGUGGAGAAGUUUUCAAAAGCAGAAUGCCUUGGCACAAGGGAAGUGCUGAGUGAAGAAAAUGAAAUUCAACCUACAGGAAAAGUCUUUAAAAAGUUGAUAUUGGGGAACUACAAAUGGAUUACGUAUGAAGAAAUGGAUGUUCAGGUGAAUCACUUGGGCAGUGGCCUAGCUGCUUUGGGACAAAAACCAAAGAACACAAUUGCCAUUUUCUGUGAGACCAGGGCCGAAUGGAUGAUUGCAGCUAAUGCUUGUUUCCGAUACAAUUUUCCAUUGGUGACCUUCUAUGCCACACUUGGACAAGAUGCUGUGGUUUAUGGACUAAAUCAGUGUGACGCCACUCAUCUCAUUACAAGCGUGGAACUUCUUGAAACUAAACUCAAGGGCAUUUUCUCGCAACUUCACAAUCUGAAGCAUGUUAUUUAUGUUGAUAAAAAGAACAUCCAGACAGCUGAUUAUCCUAAAGAAAUCCAGAUUCACAGCUUAGAGUCUGUUCAGGAGCUGGGAGCCAAACCUGAACACUUAAGUGUUCCUCCAUCUCGUCCUAGUUCUUCUGAUCUUGCAGUUAUUAUGUAUACCAGUGGUUCAACUGGCAUUCCAAAAGGAGUCAUGAUUGAUCAUAGUAAUCUGAUAGCUGGUAUGUCUGGACAGUGUGAAAGGAUACCAGGUCUAGGCCCAAAAGACACAUACAUUGGAUAUCUGCCUUUAGCUCAUGUUCUGGAAAUGACAGCGGAGAUCUCCUGUGUCACAUAUGGCUGUAGAAUUGGCUAUUCUUCUCCACAAACCCUAUCAGAUCAGUCAACAAAAAUCAAGAAGGGAAGCAAAGGUGACUGCUCUGUACUGAAACCUACGCUCAUGGCUGCUGUACCGGAAAUUAUGGAUAGAAUCUACAAGAAUGUGAUGAGCAAAGUGCAGGAGAUGAAUUACAUCCAGAAAACUCUAUUUAAACUAGGCUACGACUAUAAACUUGAACAAAUUAAAAGAGGAUUUGAUGCCCCACUUUGUAAUAUGUUUUUAUUCAAAAAGGUGAAAUCAUUGUUAGGGGGCAAUGUGCGAAUGAUGCUCUCAGGUGGUGCCCCACUGUCACCAGCCACCCAACGCUUCAUGAAUAUCUGUUUCUGCUGUCCUGUUGGACAGGGCUAUGGAUUGACAGAGACCUGUGGAGCAGGGACAAUCACAGAAGUUGCAGAUUACAGCACUGGGCGGGUGGGGGGCCCUCUCAUAUGCUGUGAAAUCAAGCUGCGGGACUGGAUUGAAGGUGGAUAUACAGAUAUGGACAAACCUAACCCCCGUGGGGAAAUUUUGAUUGGAGGACCAAAUGUCACAAAAGGAUAUUACAAAUGUGAUAAAGUCAGUGAAGAUUUUUUUGUGGAUGAAAAUGGACAGAGAUGGUUUUGCACAGGAGAUAUUGGAGAAAUUCAUCUGGAUGGAUGCCUUCAAAUAGUCGAUCGCAAAAAAGACUUGGUAAAACUACAGGCUGGAGAGUAUGUGUCCCUUGGAAAAGUAGAAUCUGCCUUAAAGAACUGCUCACUGAUCGACAACAUCUGCGCUUAUGCAAACAGUGACCAGAACUAUGUGAUCAGCUUUGUGGUACCAAAUCAAAAGAAAUUGACCGCUUUGGCAAACAAGCAAGGAAUUCAAGGCUCUUGGGAAGAGAUCUGCAACCAUCCCAGCAUGGAGGCUGAAGUUCUUAAAGCAAUCAAAGAAGUAGCAGCUUCAAAUGCUGUAAAACUAGAGCGGUUUGAAAUCCCUGUAAAGGUUCGCUUGAGUCCUGAACCCUGGACCCCAGAGACUGGACUGGUUACAGAUGCAUUCAAACUGAAACGGAAAGAGCUGAAAAACCAUUAUCUUAAUGACAUAGAGAGAAUGUAUGGGGGGAAGUAACCACAAACUCUUAUAUCGUUAAAUUGUGAAGUAGGCAGAUUUGAUGUCAAUUCAUGAUUUCUUAAACUGUGGCAUUUUCAAUCUUUAAACUGUACUUCAACUUUAGUUGUUAAAAUGGUGGUCAUAUGAUCUCUUGAAAAUUGCUGAUGGGCAUAUUACUUUUGCCGGUCUCUCUCAAAACAUAGAACAAUUCCAGCUUUCAGUAUACUCUGUGGUACCGUCCAUUACUUCUCUAGUGACUAGUUCCUAGAUUUACUUUAGAUUCUUGAAACCUGUAAAUAAAGUGACCAUGUAUCAAUGUAAAUUUUAUAUAAAAAAAAAAAUACAUAAGGUUAAAAGUUGAAAACACGUGUUUAAACUGCCAUUCAUUUUCUAAGUUUUGUACUUUGAGCUUUUGUAACUACAGUGUCUAUAGGCUCAGUUUAGUGUUUCAUACAUACAUUCUCAUCUUUGAGAAUAUUUUUUUUGUUGUUAAAAAGGGAGAAAGUAAUAUCUUCUUAUUUUAAAUAAGUUAUUAAAAUGACCAAAUGCAGUGUACAAAGUGAUUGUUUUUAGACUUGUUUAGGGGAUGCAGAUAUCUCUUUAUGGCAGUGUAAUAUUCGCACAAAGUCCUGAUGUAUAUUAUAUUUUAAUCCUGCCAUUCACGGUUUGCAAUGAUUAGUCAUGCGGGACAGGUUAUUCUUGAGCAAGAAUUGCACUGCAUCAUAAUAUUUGACUUUGAACUCAUGUGCACUCUAGAAAUAUUUCUUUCUAUAAAACAGAGCAAGAUGCUAAUUUGAAAUAUCAUUUUUUAAUUUUCUACACAUUUAUUAUAUGUGUUUUAGUUGCAUUUUGAGAAAGAUGUAUAUAUUUUUUUCUACUGUGUAAAUCAUAUUUAUUCUACAAAAGUCAUUUUGAGAUGCUUGUGUUGGGCAUGCAACAUUUUUUUUUUUUUUUUUUUUUUUAAUCUGACCAAACGGAAGUGGCCUGAAUAAACCCAGUUUUGCAAAUAAUGCCCCGCCAAUUUUGCAUGACAAAUGCAACAAGAACUAUCUGCCUACUUUUUUAAGUUGAUGCUGUACUGUAGGUAAUAUAUAUACUGUAUAUACUCGUGUAUAAGUCGGGUCUAGAAACCCAAAAAAUCGAUCAUAAAAUCAGACCCCGACUUAUAUGCCCAUUCAAAAAUGCUACCCUUAAAUUUUUUUUUUUUUUUUUUUUUAACAUCUUCCUUCCUUCCUCCAAUCUCGCACCAGUUUCUCAGACACAUCAAAUUUUGUUGUAGCAGUCCAGUUACCAAUUUCUUUCGUCACUUCAACAACUUUUAAUUUAAAAUAACACAAAACAGUGCAAACGUAGCUUUGGAAUAGUUUAGGUAUUACCAUGUGGUUAUGUAGGCACAUUACUUAGGGGAAAAAAAGGCAGUGUGCUCCAUGGUUUCUCUCUCAGUUGGGCGUUAGCAGAUCAUAAUCUCUUGGACCAAUAGCGCGAGUUUUCCACAUUCGACUUAAACGAACGACAUUAUAAAAUACCGGAAAUUAUACGGUAAAACCAAGCCCCUACUUAUCCAUGGGAGAACUUAAACGCGAGUAUAUACGGUAUAUAACACAGCUUAGGACCAAUCUUUAGCCACAAAAUGGUAUCUAAAACCAUCUCUGCUCUUCCUUUUUACCUGCUUGGGUUUAAGCAUCACAGCCAUUAACAGCUGAUCCUUCUGCUCCCUGCUAAAUUCUUCUAUACACUGCAAACGCCUUUAAUCUGUCUUUUUUAAAAUCAUGUUUUCCAUUACUGUUUUGCUCUAUUCACCUGCCUUCAUUUUAGGUUCAUAUUUGGACUUUAUAAAUUCUAAAUGUUUUUGUUACACUUCAUUUAUCUUUGCUUGCCAAUAUUUGAGGUUAGUGUUUUCAGAAUUGGAUUCCAUUCCAUUUUUUGUACAUUUCUGCAAAAUUGUAAAAUUCAGAUGUUUUCAAGGCAGGUCAUAUCUUGGUUUGUUUUCCAUUUAAAACCAUGAUAAGCUAUAUAACAUGUGCAAGAGAAAGUGUUUCACAGAACUACCUCACAGGACUAGGUUUGUACAUAACAAAAUGCUCCGUUUUUAAGUGACUUAGAAGGGAAUGUGCCCAUUUGUUUAUAUAGUUACCUUCACCAUUCUUCAAUAUUAUGAAUGUCAUUUGGACAGAUUUCACAUCCUCACAAUAAAAUGUGUCUUGUAUGUUAGCUAGGCCCCUGUGAAGUCUUGGAAUCUGUCCACCACUUCCAAUGAAUGAAUCAUAGUUGUGCUAAAGGAGUUUAUAAGAAAUCGUAAUCUUGGACUCUAGAAACAUAAUACAAAUAGGCAAAUAUUGAUUUUAUUCAGCAGAGACUUUGUUUAUAGUGUAGGCAUGAUUAUUAAUGUUAGAAAUUAAACCAGAUUUUAUAGUUUUAAUGCUGGGCUAACAAAAAAAGUACAACAAUUAUUUUACUACAUAACCUCUUUGGCGUUAUGUUUAUUCCAGGAAAAACAAGCCAAAAAUGGUGAAUUUUUUUUUUCCGUAAAAACAAAUAUGUCAAUAGCAAAAUGUGUACAUAAAUAGAGUAAAAAACUUAUGUCUACUAUCCACUGCGGUACUGAUGCAGAUUUGUCCUUUUGGAACAAUCACCCACAGCCAAUGCUGAAGCUACACGCAGCCAAAUUCACCAGGCAUACAAUGGCGGUUCAGCUGUGCAGUGCCCUAUCAUGCACCAGUUUCACUUUCUGUGUCACCAUCUGAUGACCAAUUCACAACAUCGAGUAAUGGUUCAGUUUCUGUUUAUUCUAAAAAUGCCUUUAUGGCUUUUCAUUUGCAGUUGUGUUUUUAGUUGGAGGCUCUGCCCCAAUCAUGAAUAUUCAUGAAAUACCUUAGAGUUGGUAAAAGCACAUAGAAAUAUUCAUGAUUUUUUACAGUUCGAUGUUAUUUCAUAUACCAGACAUCAGCAGGACCCUGUUUUAUUCAGAGUUAUUCAGGCAUAAAAAUAUAAAGUGGGUCAUUACAUGUCAUUCUGAAUCUGACUCAUGGUUAACUGUAAUCACAUAGAGUUGUGAGCCCAGGUCACACUCGGGGUUAAUGUCAGGGUUAAUAACAGCAGAUUGGAAUCCACAAAUGGAAGUGUGAACAUAGAGGUUUUGAUAUAUGUAAAUAAAAUCAACAAUUAAAUAAAUGUGUAAACAGAUGCAUUUCCAUUGUGCUUCUGUCAGAGUCUGUAUUUUCAACAAAGUGACAUGCCUUGGAAACAUUUUGUUCCUGAAAUUCUUUGAGCUUCAAAUGUGGCUGCCUUACUAAUGUUUCUAUUGCUGUAAAUAAGAACCAAAGCCUGCCCACUUUUAAAAGGCCUUGUUGCACUUGUCCUGCUCCUGUUUGUGUUCUUAGACAAUUAAUUAGUUUAACUUCAAUUAUAUUUACAUGGUCUAUUAUUUAUUAUACAGAAAUCUUGAAAAGUGGAAUAAUCAGUGAAACAUUCUAGUCGUUUUUAUGGUAUGACGUACUUUAUCGUGAAGAAGAUCAUUCAUAACUGUAAAACGGAUUAUUUUACUUUCCAUUGUGUUUGCACUUAUUUUGUAUAGCAUGCCAUUCCUAAUAAUGCUUGAGGGAACAGUUAAGCAGUCUAAGAACACCUUUAUUUAUUUAUUGCUUAUUAUUGAAGUUUGAUGUAUGAAGUUAAAUUAUUGGUUUGCAUUGUCUGUCUGGCUACUGUGAGCUGUGCUGUGUAAACUGAUCUGGACUGUCUAUUUCAGGGUUGGGGAGCCUUGGUUCUUCAGGGCCAUGGCAUUGGUUGGUUCCCUUUCCAUUUAAUCUUUCAAUUUACACACAAUCCCUUCUACCAAAUGAAGUGCUUGUCUUCUGCAAUCUCAGAAACUGCCAGUAGUGUAAGGUUUAUUUAUAGUUUGUGAUAAUCGGAUCAAAUAAUAAUCUUCUCAGGAGAUCAUGGAAGUUUUGUUAAUUUCUUUUGAAGUUAUUUGCUUGUUUCCUUCAAUAUAUUUCACUUUCACGUAAAUUUCAAAGUUAUUGCUUUUGUGACCAGCAGUCACUUACAAAUAUGGAGCAUAUUGUAAAGACAAACCAGCUUACCUGGUACUAUUUAAACACAGAGGUGUUCCUAGUAAAGUAGAAAUUUGUAAGAAAAAGUGUUUGCGAAAGAAAAAGAAAAAUGGUUAUAGGGUUUGCAAAUCCAGCCUAGCAAAUGAAAUCCCAAUGCGUACCAUACUGGAGGAAAAAUGUGUGUUGCUGUCAGCUAAAAUGCUUGAUAUAAGAAACGUUGUCAAAAGGAAAACGUGCAACCCUACAGGACCAGAGUUCCCCACUGUAUGAGCUCAAGUCACUUGCACCCUAAAGCUGAAGGGUCGAUGUGUACAUUAAAUCAUUGAAAGCAUUUAAUCAUCUGAGUACUUCAAAAAUGUUUAGUCUCCCUGCCAAUCAAAAGUAUUAGAGCUGGGGCAGCAUGUUGGCACGGUGCUUAGCACUGCUGCCUGACGCAUUCGGGAGGCUGGCCUGUUCACGGUCAGUGUGGAGUGUGUAAGUUCUCCUCCUGUUUCUGAAGUUCUCUGGUGAGCACUCGCCUCCUUAUCCCAAACAUGGCAGGUUUGGGGACUCCUUAUGAUCGGAGCUGCCUCAUGACAACACUGAAUUGGAAGCUGAAAAAUGUAAGAAAUGGAUGAACUUUUCCAGCUUCAUUUUACAGCAGAUUUUUAUACACGGUAAUGUAGAAGUCAUAUUUGGUGGGAAGUGUGUUUGUUUGUUUAUUUAAUAGAAAUGUGGAAAAAGUAAAAUAAAAGUAAACACAUCUGAAUUGUUAGGUAUCAUUUGACUUAGAAGCUACAGCAUAUGUACUCUGGGGAGCUCUUAAAAAUCUUGUGUUUUCAAUUCAACUGAAACAACGUUAACUUUAACUUGGGAAAAUCAGGACUGAACAUUUAGGUGCAUUUGAUUCUUUAUCACUUGUGAAGGGCAAAACCAAAAAGAAGGUAUUUAUUGAUGUACAUAUUUAUUUAUUUAUUUAAAAAAAAGGCUACUCCAUUUAAAGAGUUUAAACAAAAUUCCAAAGUCACAAACUCAAUUCAGUAAAUAAGUAACCGGACAUGUGAUCCUAAAAAGCAGUUCAUGUUCACAAUAUUAGAAUGUUGUUUUAAUUUUUCUUAUGUUUUGCCUGCAUUUUGUUUAAUUUUUUCAGUCAUUUUAUGAGAAGGGUGUGGUUAUUUAUGAAUGCGUGUCUGUUAUAAAAUAAAAACGAUAUGUAAGAGAGUACUUUUGGUGACAUUGGUGCAGAUCUGUUUUCUAUUGAUAUGUGCAUGACUUAUAUGCUGGGAGUGUUUGUAUAAAGGAUCUUUAGUACGUAGCUGCACUUCGAGACACUUGACGCUGUGACACAUGAGUUGUCAUACUCUUUGCACAAUGUUUUGAAUAAAUACUAAAAAUAUUUAGAACUGGUAUUGAGAGAGAUGCCGAUGAUGUAUAUAUGCAUUAGUUUAUUAAAGAUGUACAGCGCUUCAGUCGGAUACACUUGUUUGUGUUGUAACUUUUAUAAAAAGCAACACAACUCUUGUUCUAUUUGAGUCACUCAAAAAUGUAAUACCUUUGUCUCGCCAUUUUGGUAUAUACUGUGACAGGCAGUUUAGUUAAGUGUAUCCCACAUGCAGAGCUGAAACCAAGGGGCAGUAAACCUCACGAGUCUGUUAGUGCAAAUGUGUCACGUUCUGAUACCCCCUGUAAGACAUAUUAAUGUAAUGUAACAGUGAGUGGCACUGUGGGCGCCCAAUUCCGAGUCCAUUAGGGGCAAUUUCAAUCCUGAACAUCCGUACUUAAUAACCACCUCAGUGUGCAAAGUUUUAGAAUUAUUUUGGUGUACGGUGGUGAUGGGAGAAAACUCAUCUAAGUAUAAUUUGUAGAGAUUUUUUUAUGUCUUACUCGUUUAGUUUUGAGAGGCAGUGGCAGUAUGUCAUAGCUGUAUAUCAUCCAUAGUCAUAUAUAUGUCAUAUAUAUAGUGGCAGUAUGUCAUCCAUAGUGAUGGCCCAAACUAGACAGACGUGUUCCCAGGCUGCUUGGUUUAAUGCUCAUUCUUCCUCUUUCAAUGAUGCCAUGCUUGUAUUGCCAGAAUCUUUAUAUUUGUAUUUUGUAUGUGUUUUUUUAAACAAACACCUGAAGGCCAAACACCAUUAGACCUACAAUAGUUGCAGGUUGUGUAUGUUUGUGUGCAGGAUUUGAAGCUCAGUAGCAACAGGAAAUAUCAAACCAAAUCUACUAGUAAAACACAGAUCUGCUGUUAUUGAAAUGUAGAAAUAAAUACUUGACCGAUGUUUUGUCUACUGUCUCAGUCAUUAAAUUCUUUUUGUUGUUGUUUUUUAUACAUUUGACUUUGCUUUCAGAAUGUCUGCAAUGUGUAAACUAAAGAUACUGUAAUAUUUACAAGGACCACAGUGGCUGUGGUGCCUGAUAGUAUUGUAAUAAAUUCUGAAUAAAAAAAAUGAAGAGAGACUUGACCACCUGUAUUCUU